GAGUCUGGAGUACUUGGAGGCAUUCACAGGGGACUUGUCCUCUCUGCACAUCGUUUCUCACAUGAGGAGCCUUCAACAGCUGAGACUCGCUUCACUCACCAACGCCACCGGGGAGAUACCCAGGGAGAUCCGAUACUUGACUGCCCUCACUUCACUGGACUUAUCCUUCCUUCGUGCGCUGGAGUUUCCGGAUUGGGUCACUCACCUCUCCAACCUUGAGUACCUGAAUGUGGAGACGGAUGAUCCGCGGCGGCAGGGGGUGGUGGUGGAGGACAUCUCUGAGCUCACAGCACUCACCAGCCU